UUUUCACUUCUAUUAGAAUAAUUUGGAAAUAUCAAAUUUUAAUUUUAAAAUAAUAUAUAUUAAUAUUUUUAUUUGCGAAUUGUGUUUUAAUUAAUAAAAAAAAAAAUCUAAAUCAUUCGUGACUCGAAUUCUAGAUACUAAAUUAUACUAAGUUGUCAUAUUUUUAAAAAAUAAUGGUUUCUAAAAAGGAGAUCGAGACCAGGGCGGAAAACGCGAAAGACACCUUUCUGAAAUACGACAUCAAGAUCCAAUUGCUCAUAUCGGCAUUGCUGGGGUUGUUCUCUUCCAUCCUGUUGAGAAUGGCCAAAUCCCUCGUCCUCUUCGGUCUCAUAGUAAUUUGCCUUAUCCUCAUCAACUGCGGUCUGAAGAAGGAAAAAUUGAUGGCUAAAUACCAAAAAAUCAAGGAGGCCGCCCAACGUAACGACGUUACGAAUAGCAUUCUCGACUAUAGCAAGCACGUGAAGAAUUUCUUGGAAGAAAAUAUCGUCGUAACAAUAGGCUUCGUAGUUGGAGUUUUGAUAGGAAUUCAGUUCCUAUGAAAUCUUAUUCUCUUUAAAAAAAUUUCUAAUAAUAAAAAAAAAAUGUAUCUUUAGAGUUUAUUUCAAGCAGUUUUCUUAAAAAAGUAACUUUUGUCAAUAUAAAACGAAAAUAAUAGACAUUUUCCUUUUAUAAACCACAAUAAAAUAUAACUUUUCUAUCUAUUU